ACACAAUUGUUGAAUUAUCAAAUAUCAAUGGAGGAUUUGGAAUUAUCAUCAAAAUACGAAAUCUCGCGUGUUGCAGAAUAUAUUCUCGAACAUAACUUCAAAAGAGUUGCUUUACAGUUUCCCGAUGAGCUACUAAAGGACUCAACAGGAGUAGUAAGUCUCCUACGUAAGGAGCUUUUGUCUAAUGAUGUUAAGGAUAUUGGUUUGUAUGUAAUGGCGGAUACUACAUACGGUAGCUGUUGUGUUGAUGAGGUCGGUGCAUCUCACAUCAAUGCAGACUGUGUUAUUCAUUAUGGACAUACUUGUCUCAGCGCGACGUCAAAACUUCCCGCGUUCUUUGUUUUUGGGAAAGCUUCAAUAAAUGCAUCUAACUGUGCCAAACACCUGUGUAAUUAUGCAUUGUCUAGUACGAAGCCGGUGGUGGUUCUCUUUGGUUUGGAAUACGGGCAUGCAAUACAAGAUGUAAUAGAAGCAUCGAUGAUUGAAAAAAGUUUAUCUGGACUUAAAUUCGAAUCUGAACUACUUUUUGCAAAUGUUAUGAGCCAAUUCAUGAUUCCAAGUACAAGUUUUGAAACCAAUGGCAGCGGUACUGACGAUGGAGAUUGUGGUGAUACACCGAGAAGAGCAUAUAGGAUUGGUGGCUUGUGUUGGAGUCUAGAAGAGGGCCGCAAUAUGGAAGACUACUCGUUGUUUUGGAUUGGUCCUGAUAAUUCAGCUUUUGCGAAUUGCGUCCUUACGUUCAAUGGUUGUGAAAUAGUCAGAUAUGAUGCAACAGAAAAUGUACUGCUUACUGACACUUCUCAACAACGAAGAAUUCUUAAGCGUAGAUAUUUUCUAGUUGAGAAAGCAAAGGAUGCUGGUAUUGUUGGAAUAUUGGUUGGAACGCUUGGAGUUGCUGGGUAUCUAAGCAUGAUCCAUCAAAUAAAAGAGAUGGUUACAAAAGCUGGGAAGAAGGCUUACACACUUGUCAUGGGAAGACCUAAUCCUUCAAAGCUUGCCAACUUCGCGGAGUGUGAUGUCUUCAUUUAUAUCUCAUGUGCACAAACUGCCCUCUGGGAUAGCAAGGAUUUCUUGGCUCCGGUUAUUACUCCCUUUGAAGCUAUACUUGCAUUCAACAGGGGAAGUGAGUGGACUGGAAAAUAUGUUAUGGAAUUUCAGGACCUGGUUGCUCCAACUCCCAUCGGCAUAGAAAAUGGACAAGAAGCAAGAUAUUCAUUCUUUUUAGGUGGAUACAUAGAAGAUCAUGAUUUGCAAGAUAUCAACAAAGAAGAUGAAGACGGAGCUCUUGCCUUAGCAAAUAUGACACAAACUGCUCUGCAGAAGCAUGGUAACGGCCUUAAAGACAUGGUCAAGGGAACUGCGAAGUCAGGGGCAGAGUUUUUCGCAUCUCGGUCUUUUCAAGGUCUUGAUAUCAAUAGCAAUAGUAAUGCACCUGAGAGAUUUAUAAUUGGAAGAACUGGCAAGGCAUCUGGUUACGACCGUGAAACAAGUGAGCACUAGAUUCAGUUAUCCUAGUUGACAUUAUUCUUAAUUCAAAGUUUUGUUAUAAUAGAUUAGUAGGAUUGCUAGAAUAUAAAUCAACUAAAAGAAACCCCAAAUGUCUUAAAUUCAGUUUUCCAUGUAGUAAAUUAUAUCUUCUGUUCGAGUA